GUGAAAGUCGAGCCGGUGCGGUGUGAACGCGAGCCUGUACGAUGAUAUAAGACAAUAUAUAUAUUUUUAUUAUUUCUGUUUUUUUGUGACUUGUGAGUUUUUUUCGGAAUUUUACGGUGGUAAUAUUGCGGAAGAAAAAAUUUUGGUUGACUAGACAGAAGAAUGUGUGAAAAAAUCGAAAAUUGUAAAAACAUGGAGUGGCUGAACGGGAAUGACCCAAAAAUACCAAACUUCAAUGACCUAAAUGAGCCAAGAAACCUUUGCGAAGAGAGAAUCGCGGACUAUUUCCAGGAUUCUAUCAUUCUGGUGACGGGGGGCACCGGCUUCGUGGGGAAAGCACUCCUGGAGAAGCUUUUGCGGAGUUGUCCUGGGAUUGAUACAAUUUACAUAUUGAUGAGACCCAAACGUGGUCUCUCGGUGGAACAGAGGUAUAAGGAACUUUUGAAAAAUCAGGUAUUUGACCACAUACGAACAAGAUGGCCGGAUCGUCUAUCCAAGCUCUAUCCAAUAACUGGUGAUGUAUCAGCCCCAAAUCUUGGCGUCAGCGCUGAACAACAGCAAUUGUUGAAUAAAUGUCAUACCGUAUUCCAUUCUGCUGCAACUGUGAGAUUUACUGAUCCAUUGCACGCUGCAGCCGCCCUUAAUGUGCAAGGAACGGCUAGCUUGCUGCAAUUGGCUGAGGACAUGCCCUUCCUUAAGGCCCUGGUUCACGUGUCUACCGCAUACAGCAAUGCCCCACGUAGCCACAUCGAAGAAAGGGUCUACGCCCCACCAUACGACCCUGAGAGCAUUGUCAGAUGCACCAAGAUGUUACCGGCUGAAACCGUCGAAGUUAUUGCCGAAUCCUUACAGGGUGAACAUCCAAACCCAUACACCCUCACGAAGGCUCUGGCGGAGUCCAUCGUAUACAGUCACACAAAUCUCCCCGUCUGCAUAGUACGUCCUUCCAUUGUGACAGCUGCCUACCAAGAACCUUUUCCGGGAUGGAUUGACAACAUAUAUGGAGUGACAGGUAUUAUAAUGGAAAUUUCUCGAGGGACCUACCGUUCUGGUUAUUGUCGUGAACGGUACGUGGUCGACCUGGUGCCAGUGGACAUGGUGGUCAAUAGCUGCAUACUCGCAGCUUGGAGGCAAGGCAGCAAGAAACCUGGUCGUUGUCCCGUGUACAACGUGACGUCUGGGUCAAUUAAUCCGUUGCAAUGGGGACAUUUCACCAAACUUUGCGUCAAAUGGGCGAGAGAGAAUCCCACGAAGUAUGUCAUGUGGUAUCCUAACUUUGCGUUCACGGAGUCUCGUGUCAUGAAUACGUUUUGGGAAAUUUCUUGUCACUUCUUACCGGCUUUCUUGUAUGAUUUACUGCUGAGGGCCCAAGGAAGGAAAGCUAUAAUGAUGAAACUGGCUCGUCGUUUCAAAAUGGCGGCUGCGACUGGCGAAUAUUUCGCCAAUCACGAGUGGCAGUUCAGUGUGUCAGAAUUGACAGCUCUCCACGAUGAAGCUAGUGUUGCCAGUGACGCAGGCGCGUUCUCCCACUGGCCAGGGCACUUCAACUGGGAGUCGUAUAUCGGUUCAUAUAUGUUGGGAAUUCGGAGAUUUAUCCUCAAGGACGGCAUUGAAUCUCUGCCCCAAGCCAGGAAUAAACUGAAGAGAUUAUAUUGGGUACAUCGGCUGUUCCAAGUCGCAACCGGAUAUUAUCUCUUCAAAUUUUUAGCUGGCCGAUUACGAUAAACAACAAAAAUAUCUGUAGAUACACGUCACAAGUCACAAUCACAGUUCACAUUAACUCUAGUUUUAUAUAAGUUCACCAUUCUGUUCUCGUCUUUACGUAUGGACGAAUUGAAAACGUCACUCUUUGUGAUCUUGCCUUAAUUUGUGAAAUAAUAUUACGAUUUCUAGUCCCAAAACAGUUACCAUAUUAAAAUAUAAUGUUUAAAUAGUUAAGUACAUGUUAUAAAUGUAAUUUAAGCGUAUAUCGUAGUCUUUACUACAUUUUAAUUUCUUAAGUAGUAUAUAGAAAGUAUUUUGUUGAGUUAAAUGGUUUAAUGUGGGUAUUUGAUAUUAAAUCAUUUAAAAUUUUCUUCAUUUAUCUUUGUCAACGGAAAUUUCACAUUGAUCAGAGAA